AUGGUGAGAGUACGCACGCCGGGACGAUUCGUGGUUCCACAUUCUCAGCAGAUGAAGAACAGCGCAAACACGUCGCCGAGUGACUGCGGUGCUGAGGGCACAGCAGCAGCGCAGCGUUCGGCAGAGUUGGAAGAGGCAGGCGUCGGCGUCACUGCAGAGACGGCCGACGAGGCCAAGGUCCCAGAAGCCGAGCGGGGUGAGGCACUGCUGGCCUGGUUGAUUGCCGGGGCAGUCGACGCAUUCGAUGGCAUUGUCAGUAGCGGUAAGCUUAUGCGGCAGGAGGCUGGGACAGCUGUCUGUGAGGAACGACUGCAGCGGAGAUGUGGGCGGGCAGUUGUGACUUGCGUCGGUGGCCUGGUUGUCGUAGGUGUUACACUGCCAGUGGGAGGACGGCACCUGCCGACCGUAGUGGCACUCCCGCCAGGCCUUGGUUGUGGCGGUGGCACGGCAGCAUUGGGCGUAGAGGAAAUACAGGACGCGACACAGGCGGCAUAUUAUCCGUCUCAUCAUCUCCAGCAGCUCGUCGGGGUCGGCCGGGUAGUGGAGCUGUGCGGUGUUGUUGGCGAAGUCGACGGAGUAGGGAUAGGCGGCGAGGUCAAAGCCGCGGCCGUGGCCCUGGAUUGCGAUGAGCAGCAAGUCGGCGUGUGA